UAAUACUCCAAUCCUAUAUAACCCCCCCACUCUCACUCCAACCCAGCUAGCUGUCCUAAAACACUUCCCAAAACAGAACCUGAAAGGGCCCCAGACAACGCUGUUUCUCGCUUCAACUCCCCGCUAGUUUUCGAGGUGAUGAUUCUUAAUUCACCUUUGAAUUUGUUCUUCUUCUUCUUCCUCCACCACCUCCACCACUUGAUUUAAACCUUUAGAAUCAGAUUCAGAUUCACUUUGCUAUCAAUUAUUAAAAUCUUUUACGCUGUCCGUUUGUUCUUUGAAAUGUUGUUCGAUUCUUCUCUCAAUUUCACUUCUCAAAGCUCUGCUUGUUUUGGAAAUUUUGAAUGAACUUCUCCAAGUAAAUUUCACUCGCGCAUCUUGCUGUGAAUCUGUGAAUCCUGCUGGUGUGAUUAGUUAAAGUCUUAACUUUUUCAAUAUUGAUAGUAUGCCGGGAAACAAGUACAACGGCAUCCCGGACGAUCACUUUCCGCCGGGGCGGUUAGAGCGCCUCAUGAGAGAUCGGGAAUUGCGGGAAUUGCGAAAAAGAGGAGUUCAUGAUUCCGUAACGGAGAACGGCGGUGGCGGCGGUGAAGGGGUUGAGAAGGAGUUAAGGAAGGAAGAGGAUAAUAAUGAAAAUAAUAAUAGUGAUAAUAAUGGUGUGGUUGAAGGUGGUGGUGGUGGUGGUGGUGGUGGUGAGAGGCAAGAAGGGAAGGGAUAUAGGCAGAGGCUAUUGGUGGUGGCGAACAGGUUGCCAGUGUCAGCGGUUAGGAAAGGUGAGGAUUCGUGGUCUCUCGAGAUCAGUGCUGGUGGCCUCGUCAGCGCUCUGUUAGGUGUAAAGGAGUUUGAGGCAAGGUGGAUAGGUUGGGCCGGUGUCAAUGUACCAGAUGAAAUUGGACAGAAGGCACUUACUAAAGCAUUGGCUGAAAAGAGGUGUAUCCCAGUAUUUCUUGAUGAAGAAAUUGUUCAUCAAUAUUACAAUGGCUACUGCAACAACAUCCUGUGGCCCCUUUUCCAUUACCUUGGGCUUCCACAAGAAGAUCGUCUUGCCACCACGCGUAGUUUUCAGUCUCAAUUUGCAGCAUAUGAGAAAGCAAACCAAAUGUUUGCUGAUGUUGUGAACCAGCAUUAUGAAGAGGGUGAUGUUGUAUGGUGCCAUGAUUACCAUCUCAUGUUCCUUCCAAAAUGCUUAAAGAAAUACAACAGCAACAUGAAAGUUGGAUGGUUUCUCCACACCCCAUUCCCGUCUUCUGAAAUUCACAGGACACUGCCGUCUCGUUCAGAGCUCCUUCAUUCUGUUCUUGCAGCUGAUUUAGUUGGCUUUCACACCUAUGAUUAUGCAAGACACUUUGUUAGUGCUUGUACUCGUAUCCUUGGGCUUGAAGGUACACCUUAUGGUGUUGAAUAUCAAGGGAAGCUGACUCGAGUAGCCGCAUUUCCAAUUGGGAUAGACUCAGAACGGUUUAUACGUGCACUUGACCUUCCCAAAGUAAAGGAGCACAUUAAAGAAUUACAAGAAAGAUUUAAGGGCAGAAAGGUAAUGUUAGGCGUCGACCGCCUUGAUAUGAUCAAAGGCAUCCCUCAGAAAAUUCUCGCGUUUGAAAAGUUUUUGGAAGAAAAUCCUAGUUGGCAUGAUAAAGUCGUUUUGCUUCAAAUUGCUGUGCCAACAAGAACAGAUGUUCCAGAGUAUCAAAAGCUUACAAGUCAGGUUCAUGAAAUUGUUGGUCGCAUCAAUGGCAGAUUUGGAUCAUUGAUUACUGUUCCUAUACAUCACCUGGAUCGCUCUCUUGACUUUCAUGCAUUGUGUGCUUUGUAUGCUGUUACUGAUGUAGCGCUAGUCACAUCUUUGAGGGAUGGAAUGAAUCUUGUCAGCUAUGAAUUUGUGGCCUGCCAAGAGAAAAAGAAAGGAGUUCUCAUACUUAGUGAAUUUGCUGGUGCAGCACAGUCUCUUGGUGCUGGAGCAAUUCUUGUCAACCCUUGGAAUGUUACAGAAGUUGCUACUGCAAUUGGUCGGGCUUUGAACAUGACACCUGCAGAAAGAGAAAAGAGACACAAGCAUAAUUAUGUUCAUGUAAUAUCCCACACUGCUCAAGAAUGGGCAGGAACUUUUGUAAGUGAACUAAAUGAUACUGUUAUUGAGGCACAACUAAGGACAAGACAAGUUCCGCCCCGGCUACCAACCAAGACAGCAAUUGAACGUUUUCUGCAGUCAACUAAUAGACUGCUCAUUUUGGGAUUCAGUGGAACUUUAACUGAACCAGUCGAGAAAACAGGUGAUCAGAUUAAAGAAAUGGAACUUAAGGUGCACCCUGAACUGAGACAACCCUUGAUGGCGCUUUGCAGUGAUCCAAAUACCACAGUGGUUGUGCUCAGUGGAAGUGGCAGAAAAGUCCUGGAUGAUAACUUCAAAGAAUAUGACAUGUGGUUGGCUGCGGAGAACGGGAUGUUUUUACAACCUUCAAAAGGUGAAUGGAUGACAACUAUGCCAGAGCAUCUGAAUAUGGAAUGGGUUGACAGCGUAAAGCAUGUUCUUGAGUACUUCACAGAAAGAACACCUCGGUCACAUUUCGAUUAUGAAGAAAGGGAAACUUCACUUGUAUGGAAUUACAAAUAUGCAGAUGUUGAGUUUGGAAAACUUCAAGCAAGGGACAUGCUGCAGCAUCUCUGGACAGGUCCGAUUUCUAAUGCUUCAGUUGAAGUUGUUCAAGGGAGCCGAUCGGUUGAGGUUCGAGCUGUUGGUGUUACAAAGGGAGCAGCUAUUGACCGCAUCCUGGGGGAGAUAGUCCACAGUAAAUCCAUGACAUCGCCGAUCGAUUAUGUUCUUUGUAUAGGACAUUUUCUGGGGAAGGAUGAAGACAUUUACUCCUUUUUUGAGCCGGAUCUUCCUUCCAUCGGUGUUAGCCUUCCCCGAAGUAAGGUAUCAACAACAGAUGCUGUUAAGUUUCCUGUUGAUAGGAGACAGUCUUUGAAGACCCCGGCUAGUAAAAAUGGAGCAAAGGCUUCACAAAACAAGGCACUGAGGGCAGUGACAAACUCUGAGAAGAAAGCAAACAACCAUGUCUGCAGUGCGCCACGACGCCCCGCGCCACCUGAAAAGACAUCAUGGAACGUCCUUGAUCUAAAGAAAGAGAAUUAUUUCUCAUGUGCUGUUGGAAGACAUAGAACAAAUGCUCGGUACACUCUUGGUUCACCAGAUGAUGUGGUUGGUUUUCUGAUGGAAUUAGCGGAUGCAUCAUUGUACUCUUCUCCACCAAGUUAAAACACCCCCACCCCAAGAUUGUUCUAACUUCUUCUACCCCUGGAAAUGGGGAUAUAACAAUAGUUGGUCUCUAAUUUAAAGAUAAAGUAUAUAGGCCUUAGAGUUUCAACAAUAAUUAUUAUUGUAUAUUAGUACUUCCUUCAGUUUUGUUUACUCUAAUCUAUGUUAUGCUCUAGGGUGUUGUCAUUCACCAUUUUUCUAGCAAAUGCUAGCUUCAUGCUCAUAAGGAUAAACUUUUCAACAAA